AUGGAGGACGAUUCGGUGGCGCCGAUUCCGAACCCUAGCGUGCAGCAGCAGCUGUUUGUCGUGAUGCGCGCCGCGUCUACGGAUGCGGCGCGUGCAGAGGCGCUCGCUGCGCUCUUGGAGCAGAUCGAAGCGGACGACAUGCUCCCCUACUACGAGUUCCUCCUUGCGGACGCGGCGAUCGCGCAGCGCGUGCCGCGCAAGGGCGACCUCGUCAAGAAGCUCAAGGAAAAGAAUGAUGCCGAGCUGAACCGCCUGCAGAACGCGGAAAAGCAGGCAGAGGAGAGCGAGGGCGAGGUCGAGCUGCAUACCGUGCUCAAGCAGCGCGCCAUGUACCUCGCCAAGAUCGGCAACAAGGACGCGGCGCUUCCCGCGGUCGAGACUGCGCUGGAGAAGGCGACCGGCCUCGGCUCCAAGAUCGACCUGACCCUCCUCCAGAUCCGCCUCGGCCUCUUCUUCGGCGACACGGACCUGACGCAAGAGGCGACGGCGCGCGCCUCGGCGCUGAUUGAAGAGGGUGGCGACUGGGACCGCCGCAACCGCCUCACGGCGUACCGCGCGGUGUACGCGGCAUCCGUGCGUGACUUUGCCGAGGCCUCGAAGCUGUGCCUCGAGGCGCUUUCUACUUUUACUGCGACCGAGCUGAUGGAGUACGACGACUUUAUCAAGCUGACGGUCCUCAUGAGCAUGGUGACGCUCUCGCGGCGCGACCUCAAAAAGAUGAUGGAGGCGCCCGAGGUCCUGCAGGCGAUCGACCAGCUGCCGCACCUCGGCGCGUUUACAUCGUCGCUGUACAACAGUGAGUACGCCGCGUUCUUCCGUGCGCUGGCGGACGUCGAGCAGACCUAUCUGCUUCCCUCGCGCAUCCUCGCGCCACACACCCAGUACUACGUGCGCGAGAUGCGCAUCAUCGCCUUUGCGCAGCUCCUCGAGAGCUAUCGCAGCGUGGCACUUGAUAGCAUGGCCGCUGCGUUUGGCGUCACGCCCGAGUACGUCGACAAGGAGCUCUCGCGCUUCAUCUCGGCAGGCCGCCUCGCCGCGGUCAUCGACAAGGUCGACGGCACGAUCGAGAACCGGCGGCCGGACGCGAAGAACGCGCAGUACGCGCGCAUCAUCAAGGAGGGCGACGUGCUGCUCAACUCGCUGCAGAAACUCUCGCGUACUGCUCUAUAG